AUGGAUUUUUCUACUACCAUUGCCACCACUCCAACACCACCACCAUCUCUGCCGCCAUGCAUCCAUUACCACCGCUGCUAUUACUGCCACCACUCUACCACCACCUCUCUUCCACUUCCAUGUUGCCACUACUUCACUACCGUUGUCACUCUACCACUACGAUCAUUACUACCACCACAUAUCUUCCACUACCGCCAUCACCAUUAUACCACUGCCACCACUAACUCUCUUCCACCACCACUCCCACUGCCGUCACUUUACCACCACCUUUAUACCACCACCGCUACUACUUCACCACCACCAUUACACUAUUGCCACUACUCCACCACUGCUGCCCUCGACACUGUAUCACUACCACUGCCACCAUCACCUCUCCACUACCUCCACUACCAUCACCACCACCACCACCACCACCACCACCACCGCCACACCACUUCCAUAACCAUCGCUACCGCUACCAUUUUUCUUCCAUCACCACUACCUUACUUUACCACUACUGUUGCCGCCAAUCCACUUCCACUGCCGCUGUUCCACCACCACCACCACCACCAGCAUUCCACCUCAACCGAAACCAUUUAA